AAUCCACAAGAAAUGACAGUUGUGUCAUAAUUUUUCCGGAAUGGUGCGAGACAUGCACAAACGAGAUCGGUUUGAUGUGUGCAGUGGGUACGUCACGAGAGGAGAUAUUAACAACCUGCCUUUGUUUUUUAUCAAUCACAGAUGUCGUCAAUACUGAGUGAGACGAGGAAAUUUUAGGCACAGCUCUCACGUUCUCGAGGUAAGAAUCUUUAACUUUUGUCAAUAAGAUACGGGCAAUUUUGCUUCGCACUCUGGAUGCGCAACAUAAAUCGUUUACCAUAAUUCUAAGGGAGUAACUUUUAGCUAUUCUUUCGUUCAUACAUUGACUAUUUUCAAGAAAUUCGCUAGACAAGAGAACGUGGAAACUUUAUAAAACGUUCAACGGCGCCAUGCACAGAAUUGACUUACUUUAUCUCCAGGAUUCAGCCAACUCCCAAAUCUGGCGCAGUUUCCCACAAAAUUAAAAAAUGGUUAAUUUCUACGAUCAUCUAGUUCUGCGUUUCAGUAAAAGGCUUGUGCAAGCACACAAAGAACAAUUUUUUGCUAAGUAUCAUUAACGCUUUUACAUCAUUAUCUAAAUGUUGCAUAUUUAAUGAGAGUUCUUGUUUUCGUUUCACUUUGCAACGCCAAUAUUAAGCUAAGAUUUCUACGUCAAAUUACGGGGCAUAAUUAAAGGGUAGGCUGCUCAUAUUCUUCCUGGAAAACCAAUACACUCAAGGUUGGAUAAAAAAAGAAAAACAUCAACAACAACUCAAGGCUUUUUUCGGGUUUCAAUGAUAAUUUUUCCACGGGUUACUACUUCUGCAUGCAGAGGGCCAGGUAAAUCUCAAACAACUGAUUCAACAUGGAUUCUGGACAAAUGCCAUAACAUGGGAAAAUAAAACUAAUAAUAAUAAUAAUAAUAAUAAUGAUAUAAUAGUAACAAAAAUAACAAUAAAGACAACGAAGGGAAAAAUGUGGUCUAAACCUUGCUUCUACAUCGUGAUUUCAAUGAUCAUAAAAUUAACAUAGAGAACAAAGCUGAGAAGAGUCUCUUGGAUGCUUGAAGUGAUCUGAUCUGCAAAUUUACAUUAGUUAGGAACGGCGCCUUUUAUCCAUUGGUCAAAAUACAAUGAGUUAAAGUGUUAUUAAGUCUCCCACUUCAACCUUAGCAGAAUCAAAGACGUAUUCAUUUUCGUACGACUAUAGUGAUGUCGAUCAAACGCCGUUGAAAGUUGUGUAUCUUAGUGUUCCCAAUCGAGAUGACAGAAAGCUUGAAAGAUAAUUAUGAUCUUUGAGUUCGUGAAGAAAGAAAAAAAACUGGGUUUAAGUAAGUCUCAAAUCGAACACACCGUACAUAAAAUCAAAGAAGGCUCAUAUUCACUCGCAAAGUUAAAAAAGUAUUUACUGAGAGGUGUGGAAUACUGUAUAUAAAUCGAAGUUAGCGAAUGUUUACACAGCUGUUCCGACUUCGCAUGUAUUAAUUUUCGCUCUCGGAAAGGGACAAAGGUUAUAAAACACGUCAAAGUCUGACUCUGUCGUCUUCGUUGUUCACAGUCACAGAGCCGAGUUUAAGCCAACCAGACUUGACACUUAAAUUAUACGAAGAUAAAAGGCUAUAUUUUGAACGCAAAGGUGGAAUACAGCGUUAUCGUAUUAUUUCAGAUAGGAUAACAUCUUUUAGCUAUUUCAUAGUUAUUAUAUGAGUAUUUAUUUUAAUAUUAAUUUUAAGGUAUUUGGAACUAUUAAUCAUAAUAGUUAUGAAAAUGAUGAUGAUGAUAAUAAUAACUAAUAACAUCGAUUAAAAAGACUGAAUUUUGCAGAGAUAAUUUAUGGCAUGUACUUAAGUCUGCGAUUCUCGUCGCAGGUAAACGUUAAACAGAACCAAGUGCCACUUUAAUUCUUGCCCUCAUUGUCCUAAACGAAUUUACGAGCAUAGCCCUCGAGUACAAGUUCAUUGCAAUCACAGCUGAAGAAAUAUAGUAUUAACUUACACAGCGCCAUUUAUCACUGUUAUUUUAAAAGAUUGGGAUAGAAAGAGAGGUUAAGGGUACCUUUUGCAGUUAUGAAUUGUGGUUCCUCCAAGAACAAUUUUCACUCCAGGCAAUGUCUUGUUUAAGUUAUAAACAGCAUAAGCCUCCUCGUAAGUUGCUCCACCAACCAUAAACAAGAUAAUUUCUUGGGGCCUUUAAAAUAGAUAGUAAUAAAUCAAAAUUCUACUCAGUGAAAAAGAUUGCAGAUUCCUAGCUCGGUUGGAUAAGAUAUAAAGAAUUUAAUCUUAGUUAGAGUACUCGCGGGCGACAAAGAAACCCUGGAGGUUUUUCCCAAGAGAUAAAAUCCUGUACAAUUGAGAUUUCGUGAUCGGAUGCUAUUCCAACCUUUCUAUGGCACUGGAAAGGAGAAUUUGUUUAACAAUUAAAAGCUUCUUCCGUUGGCGAUGAGUCCUUUUAUUCUCAUACUGUACUGAUUGAUUCAGCAACGAUACUGUCUAGAGAAAAGGGCUCAACGUUGAAACGAACGCUUUAAACAGAGAAAACCUAGGACUCGGUGUUUUGUUAUUGUUUCGUUGUAAACUAGUGUUUUGUCAAUUCAAGGGUUAUAAAAACCUUGGUGACUUACCAAACAAAAAGAGGUUCUAGACAUUACACGUAAGUGUGAUUGAAUGUAUUGCAUAUGCCUAAAUCCUCACAAAUAAAAGUCUCAUCAGCAAAUUUUCAGAAAAUCAGUUCUCGGACUACAAGCUUUGCACUGGCUUGCAAUUGUACUUGUACACGAACUCUGACUUUUUUGGGGGUUAAUAUUUUGAACUUCAAGGCUGUUCUACAUGAGAGUCUGUAAAAAUUUGGUAAAGAACUGUAAGUGGUUCCUACCUGUCUCGCAGCACUGACGAACCAAUGUAUGGGAACUGCGUGUCCUUUAACUUUCCUUUCACUAAGCUGUCCAGUGUUUCAGAGAUCAAAGGAGUAUGCUGUGUGUAGAUGUUUUCGACUCCCUGAAAAUACAACAGGAUUACCGGUUUCUCUUGCAAUCAGGGGGAAUUAAUCAAAAUAAUCAUCAAAAAAAUCUCACUACAUCAAACACUGAGGGGACUACAGAAGGAAUCCUAGAACAAAAGAUCAUUUGUUUGCGAGGCUAAAAGGCGAGUUUUAAUAGCUGCCGCAAAUCACUAUUUCGACGUAAUUUAUACAGUUCAGUUAGUACUGUUGAAGAGACUGUGUCGUUUCCCAUGAAACGGGAAAUACCCAUCAUAAAGUCCUCAUCUCCUGGGCCGAGUAACGAAAAUUCAACACUGCACGCACUUGUCUCCAAACGAAAAUCUAUUUUUAUUUUAUUUUCCCUAUUUUUUCCUUCUCGCUAAUCAUAAUUGAAAAGCUAUUGUCGGGGAGCCUCGUCAAAAAUCUAAUCAACAAUGUCCGUUUCUUUGAUCUUUCGUCGUAACCUUCUCAUAAAAUACAAAGCAUUAGUUUAACAAACCGCCCAGGUUUGUAUUUCAAAGUCAUGUCCCUCCAUCGUAAUCAAAAACACUAAAGACGCUACCUUUAAUCCCUUGAAGAAUCUCCUCGUCAAAGACAACGGGGUUUUAUUUUGCCCAAAGAGAUCACUACCCCUGACACUCCUGCCGCCAUACUGGAUUAGAGCCGUCACCGUCUGAGCAUACAAGACAAAAAAUGUUUGCUAAAACAUAAUCGUUUUGGUCUAUUUGUUUGUUUAUCGUUUGUGCCGCACUUUUUCAGAGCUUAUAAUUUGUAUUGCUGUCUAUUUUCCAUUCCCAUUUUUUAUGUAUUGAACAUUCAUAACCCAGUUCAUUAUCAAAAAAGUAAAAUGUCGAUAUUCGGGCACUAUCGUCAUAAUUGUUUUUCGUAACUUUCUAAAUGCGCGCAAUUAUAUGAAAGGUGCAUUAUUCGUGACUUUUUUUUAACGAAAAUCCUUAAGUAAUACGUUGUUUAUAGAACACAUUUUGCGAAAAGCAUUUUUAUGAAUAUUGAUCUUGAUAUACAGAAAGUAUAGUGAUUUGUGGACUGCUGUUACCAAGAAUCAUUUAGGAAACACCCUGAGUACACAAAGACAAUAUGAAACGCUUUUCAAGGCAAGGCAAAUGGUCUUUAAAUGACUCUCCCGUUUUGCUGAUCUAUAAGGACUACAAACACUUUAUUUGAUUUGGACUUAGUUGGUCUCUUUUUUAGAAGUGGUGAUCCGGACUUGUCUCCUAAAUUGUUUAUUUGAGUCUGUCGAAAGAACAGUAUAUAGACGGUUAUAAGUCCGAGUGUUACACGCUUGAAUCAAUAUAUUGGGGCAUGACUGACAAUAUAGAUCCAAGUUCCGGCGAUUUUAUAACAUUAACACUAUCAGUUCUAAACCGCAAUUUCACAUCGUUUUCUGAAAGCUCUUUUUCUUUUGUUUAUCUCUCAGGGCUUUUUGAAAGAUUCCUGUAAAAUUGAUAAUGCGAAUUUUAUGUCUCAGGGUUUUUCUUUCUUGGGUUCAAAUCACACACACAUCGAGGACCGAAAAAUAAAUACAGCAGGGAGUGAUGCUAAUAUUGCGAUAACAAUCCAUUUGCGAUUUGACGUGCCACUACAAAAAUGGUCCAUAAUUAACAUGAAAAUAAUAUCACUCCCACACAAUUAAGCCCAAUUCAUGUUUUUGCUAAGGAAAAUUGAAUUGGUUUAUGUCACAGUCGCUUAGCUUCCUUUGGUUCAGCAAAAAAUGUGUUGGUUUCACUCUAAGCUUCAUUCUAUUCCUUUGCUUCUACAAAGAAAUUGUACUUUCUUUGUUGCGGAGAAGAAACAGCCCUCCGAAAAACAUCGCCAUCUGUUUACACAGACAAAACGACUGAAACAGUUCAACACAAACGACGGUAAAAGCCAGCUAGCGUUUCUUAAUAGGAAGGACAAUUUCAGGUGGGAAAAUCGAGAGAAAUUUAUUUCCAUGUGCUACGCCUGUCAGAGUGUCACAAUUAUACUUUAACCAUUUGUAAUUAAUUUCCUAUUUCCCUCUAAAGCAAAUAACAUCCCAUUUCAUUGAAAGCUUACAGGACGCAAAUAUCUGCUUACAUUGUAAAAAAAAAAAGGUUUUAACUCACGACAUCUAUUUUAUACACAGAGUUAGCGCAUUACACAUUAAUUUGGAAAUUGCAUUGGAAUAUUGGGAGUCGAAAUUUUUCAUAGAAGUUUGUAAAUCGACUCUUAAAGUAUACUAGAAUUUUAAAGAGCGGAUUCGUGAAAUUAAUUUAACCGAAGCUUACGCAUUUUAAAAAGGGCGAAUUACGCAAUUUGCAUGAAGGUAACAACCCUUCUGGUAAUUUCCGGUAAUCCUCAAUUUGCAAAUUACUGUAUUUGGGAGUUUGUCCUUUAUAAAUUACAACAAAAACUUUUGGAUAUUCUAUCGGCGGCAGGCAAGCUUGGUGGGGAAACACCACACCAAAUUGCGUAAUUAGAUUCAAUACUCGUUUUGGAAGUGGAAAAGACGAUUUAAGUCCACCAACUUGCUGCUUUUCAAAAAACUGUUCAUUUUGGUAGGUUUUUCAUAACAAGAUCAAAAGAUUAUAUUAACCAAGUGUCCCGAGAAGGAGUCCUAUUAAUACUGAUGAUCUGAGCACUCUUUCAUUUAAAAGAUGAUAUCUCAUUUUUUUCCUCUCAAUUUCCAAUAACGUAUUUGUGUGAGUACCCUUCCAUAUUCUUGUCGGGCGGUUGGAAUUAACUGAAAAUUAAUAAGUACCUUAGUUAGCCGUCAACUUCUUCAUAAAUUUUCCAUUUCAAUACCGCAUUUCUUUUUUUAAUUCAAAAGUUUGCCUAGCUUUAUAUAAUCAGUUUUCUAAUAACAUCUUUUUCUUUCAGUGGAGCGAAUUAAAUGUGUUACAAUUGAGGUCAGAAGGCGACAACUUGCAAACCGAAGGAAGACGAAAGUAUAACGACUUUACUAGUCAGGUUGAGGAAGUAGAGAGAGUGUAUAUCUAGAACUAUACCAAACAAGAUUCGUCGGGGAAAGAGGAAAAAUUCAAACAAAUCUGGAAAGAAAUCUACGGAAGAAAGCAUCUGUGCUGAGGCGAAGAAAUCUUUUUAAGCGAAGAGAAGAAAGAUAACGACAUGAACCACAUCAAUGACAGCAACUUAACUAACAACAAUGGGAAGGAAGACCUAUUCAAUAGCGACCCGACAGUGCCGUUCAUUAACUACGGCUUGCUCUCGUUUUCCAUCAUCCUCGCAAACAGUCUAAUCCUGCUGCUCAUCUGGCGCAAACGGCGACUGCGCACCACAUCCAACAUGAUUCUUACAAGUCUCGCAGUAAGUGACCUUCUAACAGGUUUGAUAGCGGUGCCAAUGGUUAUUGUCUGCUCAGCCGUUCAGCGUUUCGAAGUAUGUCUCCCUAUGGAUAUCUCCAACCGCUUUCUGGCUUUCUCGUCCGUGGGCCACCUUACUCUCUUAUCCAUCGACCGUUAUAUAAGAGUAACCAAGCUUCUGCAGUACCCGUCCAUCGUAACAGAAGAGAGACUUCGUUGUGCUCUGGCUUCUGUCUGGAUGUUCGCGCUGCUGGCCUCAAUGAUACAGCUUAGCUGGAUUCUGCACCCCACAACAGCUGAGGACACAGUGAAUCGUUUUGACCUCGGAUACGACUUCUUUCACAUAGCUGCCCUAGUCGUGGUUCCCUUACUUGUGACGAGCGCCAUUUAUACCAAACUUUUCACUUUCCUUCGAAGGCAAAGCAACGAGAUCCACAGCGAACUUACCAAGGGCUCGGGAUCUCAGGUCAACAAAGGCAGACGACAAGUAAACGAGAAGAAAAUCGCAACGAUCUUCAUCGCCAUGAUGGCGGUGUUCAUCGUUGGACUAUUUUUCUAUUUUAUGUGGGCAAUUAUGAAUGAUCUGCACGCCAUAGGGCAGCAUAGUAUGUCGCCAAAGGCAGCUAACGCAAUAGUCACCACUAUCGUUUUCCUUCGCUUCUUGACAGCGUUGUGCAAUCCGCUCCUCUGUACUUUCAUGAAGCAGGACUUUCGCGACGCUUUAAAAUCUUUGGUUACUGGACUAAGGCGCUCGGAUACAGCGAGACUGACCAGCUUUUCAUCGAGAGCGCGUGCAGUAAGUUCAGUUUAUAGUAGUAGGGAGUGAUUGAAUGGGGAAAUUUGUGGUGAGUGCAGGAGUCAAGUUUCGAGCAAGAAAAAAAAUAAUAAAAUGUAUAUCGCACAUAAGUAAAUCGUCUGGGUAUUAAUGAGCUAUGAUGGUAAAGAAAUGGUUGACGACAAAGACAAUCAAACAAGAUCAUGAAAAGUGGUUUGACAAAGGAAAAAAAACAAAACAAAAACCAAAAAACUUGGAUAAUCUUGUCAGUCUUUCGUUAUAGACUACUAGGAAGUAUAGGUGUAAUUUCAUGUCACAAACUAUGAAAGGAUUCUUACGCAAGUUAUUCGGCAUAAUUUGAUAGAUUCUUUUUGAAAUGGAAGGUUUCAGUAUGUAUAUAUAUAUACAAAUACAAAACAAAACAGAAGAAACACAAGAGUGGGCGCAUUUUCUUACUCUGUCGAUUGCUUCGAAGAAAAAAAGAAGUCAAUUUACCUUAGAAAUUUACCCGUUUGUUUUCAAGCCUGAGUGGUAUGUGUCUCGCAUAAAUAUCAGAUAAAAUACCAUGUCAACACGCGGUAGACGAACUUUAUAAAUUACUGGUUGUAUUUAAAAUAAUUUACAUAGCUUUAAGAGUUGAAAUGAAUAACAUAGAACGACCCUUUUCUAAGGUAAAGCAUAUUUAAAAGGCGAUAUAUGUAUUAUACGAGAAGGGAAGCCAAGUUGUAAAAAGACAUAUGGGAGAGAGCCAUCAAUAAAGG